UGAAUUUUGACGGAUGGGGGAUGAGAUUAGAGUAGGAGCUUUAAUUACGUUUGGUGUGUGAUUUAAAAAAAAAAAAAACCAGGUAAAAGAAUCAAAUACCCUCAUCUUCUUCUUUCUUUGUCGAACUCGUAAAAAAUAAGACUGGAGAGGAGAGAGGACGGCGGUGACCGAGGGAGGAGCCGACGGCGGUGACUGAGAGACCACAGAACAGGGAGGAGAGAGGACAACGGUGACGACGAGAGGGAGGAGCCAACGAGGGGAUCUGAGACGCGAGGGAGGGCAUCGUCGGCUUUGCGGUUGAACGUUGCCAUAGGUGGAAGACGGCACCGUCGGCACAGCGUCACCGGCAAGGGAGGAGGCAGACGACUCAACGAGGGAGGGGAUGGGAUGAAGUGGCAAUUUGGUCUGGAAAUUUACAAUCCAGGAUUAGAAUUAAAUUUUUUUACCAAAUAUGGAAACUUGGUAUUAGCAAGUCCCACUCCCUCAGUCCUUCCCACCAAACAGGCCGGAGGGUCGAAGUCUAGCUGAAUCAAGUUAUCGACUCCGUCUGAUUUGGUUGCCACGCGGCAGAAGAUCAUUGCUUGUCCCAAAUUACUGGGCCCACGACACUAAAACCAAUGGCUAGGGUCUGUUAUGAUUUGGUGAUAGCCCAGAAAGAAAUGAAGAAACGGGGAUGACUGAAUUUAGUGAGCAGAAGACGAGAUACAUAGACUACCAAGAAAUCUUACAAUGGCGGGAAUUGGUCUAUGCUCCGGUCUUUCUUCCUCCAGCAACUUAGGUACAUCUUGGUUGGUAUUAAAAUCUCACAAUGCAAGGACCAUGCUAGGGAAACAUCCUGGAAGGCGAAGCUUGGCAAUAAAAGCUGCAGUGAAAUAUGUAAAUGCUGAAGAAGCAAAAGAACUUAUUGCAGUCGAAGGAUACACAGUUCUGGAUGUCAGGGAUAAAAGCCAGUUUGACCGAGCUCACAUAAAAUCAUGCUAUCACGUGCCUCUUUUUGUUGAAAAUCAAGACAAUGAUCUUGGCACAAUUAUAAAAAGGACCCUGCACAAUAACUUUGCUGGGUUGUUCUUUGGGUUGCCAUUCACUAAAUUAAACCCUCAUUUUGUGCAAUCUGUCAAGAGCCAGCUUUCCCCUGAAAGUAAACUCUUGGUUGUAUGCCAGGAAGGAUUGAGAUCUGCUGCGGCAGCAAAUAAAUUAGAGCAAUCUGGUUUCUCAAAUAUGGCAUGCAUUACAUCAGGCCUUCAAACUGUGAAACCAGGAACAUUUGAUUCUGUUGGUUCCACAGAGUUGCAGAAUGCUGGAAAAGCUGGGUUGGUGACAAUCCAAGGGAAAAUCUCAGCUGUUUUGGGAACUGUUCUUGUUUGUGCAUAUUUGUUCAUUACCUUCUUCCCUGAGCAAGCAGAGAAGCUAUUCCAGCUGGCCCCUGGAAGCUAGGUCUCAAGAUUCCUUGACCUUAUUGUUUUUCUCAUGUGUUUUCUCCUUCUCAUUUUUAUGUAGCAUAGUUAAUGAACUUGGGAUUUUUUGUAGCAUUAGUUUGCGUCAUAAAAUUAUAUUUCUGAGGUUAUUUUUUAUGAUAUUAAGUUUUACAAAUUGAAAUGUGGUGAGCAGGUGAACGUUAAUACAUGCUGGAAGAAAUUCACUCUCUUCAUUCUUAUUUAUAAAUCACCUUCUAAAAGUUUGUUUUCCUUUACAAGUCAUCUUAGGUCAUUGAACUAACUUUUUCAAGGGUAACUUCAUCAUUAUUCAAGCCCUCCUAGGUGGUGAGCUCUUAAGAGAAUUUAUAUGGUGUGCUCUUUAGAGAAUUUAGAUGGCAUCAAACUUCUCUUUCUUCCAACAAUGGCACAAGAGUUGCAAUUCGCCAUGCACUCAGUAGGCUUACUUCUGACUUCUGAGGACACUUUCAUCAGAUUUGGUUGCAAUCUCCUCAUCCUUCGCUAGAAAAGCAAAAUGAUCUCUCAGUGACUCAAUCUGACUUUGUUAGUAAAUCUGGUAACAUCAUAGCAAAUGAUCUUGCUGCAAUUGGUGAUAACCUGUGUACAUAUUUACAUUUCCAUUAUCAAUAAUGGCCAUUCACAAUUUGUUCAAUUCAAUGAAUGCCCCUCUGUAAACUGCAA